UCUGCGCCUCUGAAAGGAAAGUACCUUAUGGAAAUCCCCUACUGGCUUUUAUGUACAGCUAACAAUCGGGCUGGUUUGACUAGAGAGCGUGUUGUGGAGGCGAGCAGAGAAAUCCAGCGGCUCUCCGAAAGCGCCAUGGACGAUUAAAGUGGACUGAGUGAAGUAGCAGCGGAGCCAGAGCAUCUUAUGGGCUUUGUUGGCGGAUACCGACAUAUUGAACAGAGAUAGAUCGGUUAUCCGGAACGCCAUGUCUCAGGGCCAGAACUUCCUGCCCAAGUUCCUGUUCGUCAGCAAUCUCCUGAAAGCGGUCAAAAUCAGAGAGCGGGUGCCCAAUGAUGUGGUCAAGCCCUCAGCAGGCGGCAGCCUGAUCCAUCACCUGCGGAGCAUGCACCGCUACACACUGGAGAUGAUCCGAAUGAGCCAAUUUCCGCAGGCCUUCAGAGAGGUCAUCCAGGCGGCCAUCUUGGACAGGGCAAUGCAGAGCUCACUGGAACAAGAGAAGAGGCUGAACUGGUGCCGCGAGGUUAAGAAACUGGUGCCGCUCAGAACCAACGGAGACGGGAACUGCCUGCUCCACGCAGCAUCUCAGUAUCUGCUGGGGGUUCAGGACACAGAUCUGGUGCUGAGGAAAGCUCUGCAUGCCGUGCUAAAGGAAACGGACACGACUGAUUUCCGGACGCGCUUUCAGACAGAGUUGCUGCACUCUCAGGAGUUCACACAGACCGGCCUGCACUACAGCACGCUGAACUGGGAGGAGGAAUGGGUUAAGAUUGUAGAAAUGGCGUCUCCAGUGUCCAGCAGUAACGGCCUGCAGUUCGACUCUUUAGAGGAUAUUCACAUCUUUGUGCUUUCAAAUAUUCUGCGGAGGCCCAUUAUUGUCAUUGCAGAUCAAGUACUUCGAAGUAUGAAGUCUGGUUCCUCCUUUUCUCCCCUCAAUGUUGGGGGAAUAUACCUGCCUUUGCAUUGGCCUCCAGGUGAAUGCUACAAAUAUCCCAUAGUGCUCGGCUACGACUCGCAGCAUUUUGCACCCUUGAUCACAAUCAAAGACAGCGGCCCAGAGAUCCGUGCGGUGCCGCUGAUAAACCCGGGACGCGGAGGCUUCGAGGAGCUUCGAGUUCACUUUCUGACAGAAAAAGAGCAGCAACAGAAGGAGAAGCUGCUGAAAGACUACCUGAUGCUAAUCGAGAUCCCGGUCAUCGGCUUGGGCUACGAUCCCACACAGAUCAUCACAGCGGCCAGACUGGAUGAAGGGAAUCUACCUGAGGAUAUGAACCUGAUGGAGGAUUACCUGCAGCUGGUGAACCACGAGUACAAGCGCUGGCAGGAGGACAAGGACUCUCUCUGGACACCACAGUCCCAGCGCCCGCCCCCAUUCUCCGUCUCUCAGCUCUCCCUAAUCGAGAUCCGUUGCGCCACACCGAGAUGCACUUUCUACGUCUCUGUGGACACGCAACCACACUGCCACGAGUGCUUCGAAAAGAGGCAGGCAGGACACAAACCUGAGGCCAUUCCUACAAUAAAUCAAACCUCAUCCUCAGAUACUGAAAGUCGCGGGAAAAUGGAACGAUCCAUCCUGCCUAGUCCAAGAUCAGCGCCCCCUACAGCUCCAAGUUUAAGCCUAUAUAGUGAAACUCAUGCUAUGAAGUGCAAAACCCCUGGCUGCUUAUUUACGCUCAGUGUGGAGCACGAUGGUUUAUGCGAACGCUGUUUUACUGCGAGGCAAAACCGAACGGCGGGACCAUCUCACGGCUGGUGGGCGUCGGGCGGCCGGGAACGAGAACGGGACACAGAAAAGUGCGUGAUGUGCCGACAGGAGGUGUUUAGGAUAUUUAAUGGCCUCUGCCCACCGUGCAUGCAGAGGACGGCUGUUUCUGAGCGGGAGGACACCCAGCAGCAGCAACAGCAGGAGCCCAGGACGGAGGGCUCGGUGUGGGCAUUGCACAGAGAGGCAGAACGCAGCGGGCAGACCUGGCAGACGCCUGCGGCCCGACAGUGCAAACGCUCCGGAUGCCAGUUCUUUGGGACGCCAGAGAAGCUGGGAUUCUGCACCAUAUGCUAUCUAGACUACCAGACCAAUCACCAGGCGACUCCAGCUAUCGUACAGCCCAGGCACACAUCUGAGGCGGGCUUCCAGAACUGUCCGCGGUGUCGGGGCCCAGGCUGCGGGGCCGAGGGGAAGGCCAUGCUGGAGGGAUACUGCAACAAGUGCUUCGUGAAGGAACAGAGCGCCAGACUCAACCAAGCUGCUAGCAGAGGCUCUCAGUCCCCACCACUCGUCACGCGUGCAUCGAAAGCACGUCCUCCUCCUCCAGCUCUGACCCAGGCUCAGUGUCGGCGCAGCAGCUGUAAAAACCUGUCUCCAGGCUGCACAGAUCUCUGUCCGGACUGCCUGAGCCGCGGUCAGCGCGAGGGUCGGCGCGCUCAGGCUCCCAAAGAGAAAAGCAAACAGCGCUGCAAAACUCAAGGCUGCGACCACUACGCCAACCAGGAGAAACAAGGCUAUUGCAACGAGUGCGACCACUUCAAGCAGAUCUACAGGGGCUGACCAAUGAUCAAUGCUACUGAAGGGCCCGGUUCAUGCUGGCGAACACUUUUACACUUUUAUUUUAUUUGGUGCCCAGAAUCUGCUAUCUAUCUUGGGCAGGGCCUAAAAGAGCCCGGUGGUGCUGUAGAAUUGGCGAAUAAUACCUCUCCAAGUGAAGUAUCACGUGUAAAUACACUGCAGACAUAUGCUUUUCUUAUUUAGAGGUUUUGUCUCGCUUCUAGUCCAAAUACAGUUGAAGUCAGAAUUAUUAGCCCUCCUGUAAAUCAAAUAAGACUUUCUCCAGAAGAAAAAAUAUCAUAGGAAAUACUGUGAAAAAUUCCUGAAUCUGUUCAACAGCUUCUGGGAAAUAUUAGAAGAAGGCAUAAAAAUUCAGAGGAGAUCGAAUAAUUUGACUUCAACUGUACCUAAAACUAUUACAAAAAAGUUAAAUGAAACAAAAAUAUUGUCAUGUUUUCAGAAAUAAUGAGUUAAAAUUAAGUAUUUUUUUCCUUAAAACAAGCUGCCAAUAGGCUUAGUGAAAUAAUCUUAUUUCAAAGAUUACUUACUUAGAAAUUGUGUCUUAUUUCAAGUCCAAAUGUUUAAAGAUUCUUCAAUCAAAAAGUAUUUUCGAGAUUAAAAUUAAUGUCAUUUAUUGAUUUUUUAAUGACUUUUUAUGAAGUCAAAAAUUAAGUGAGUUUUCCUUAAAACGAGCAACAAUCAGUCAGCGGGAUUAGCUAAAUUACACAGUUUUUUAGAUGCUUUCCCAAUUAAUUGAAAUAUUAAAUAUUAAUAGAUAAUAUUAAGUAUAUAUAUAAAAACAUAAACAUAUUUUGCUUACCCCAAAAUAUUAUUUUUAGAUAUUUCAGACUCAAAACGAGACUAAAUUAAGUGAGUUUUUCCUUAAAAAAGCAAAAUAAUCUUGUUUUUUAGACUAUUUUACUUACUAAUCUGGUAAAUUAUUUUGCUUACGCUAUUCAUAUAAAUACUAAUAUAAUAUUAAGUAUUAAUAUAAAUAAAAAAUAUAUUUUGUGUACCCCAAAACAUUAAUUUUCAGAUGAUUUAAGAAUUUUUAGAUAUUUCAGACUCAGAACGAGAUUAACUUAAGUGAGUUUUUCCUUUAAACCAGCUGCCAGUGUUAGUGAAAUGAUCUUAUUUCAAAGAUUAUUUUGCC